GUCUUUAACACGUUGCAGACGAGCAUAGGUUGCUGCGGUGAACGUGUAAAGUUUUAGGAUAAGUCUGUAGUGCCGGCUGUUGGUGCACAUUUACUGUGUACUUUGUAUUUUUUUUUUAAUUUUAUCAUUCUUACAGUAUGUCUUCUUCGGGAGGUAGUACAGGAUCCCCAGGCUCAGUUUUAUCUGUAGCGGCUCGCUUUUUUGACGAAUAUCUUGCUACUACUCCUCACAAAUUGAAGCUGUUAGACGCCUAUCUGUUUUACAUCCUGCUUACUGGAGCCAUGCAGUUCCUGUAUUGUCUGCUGGUUGGAACAUUCCCAUUUAAUUCUUUUUUGUCUGGUUUUAUCUCCUGUGUGGGCUCCUUUGUUUUGGCAGUGUGCUUGAGAAUACAGAUAAACCCUCAGAACAAGGGAGACUUUGUUGGCAUAUCACCAGAACGAGCUUUUGCAGACUUUCUCUUUGCCAGCACUAUCCUUCACUUGGUUGUCAUGAAUUUUAUUGGAUAAGCUCAGAAAAAGUUUCAGAUUUGGUGGAUCCAGUGAUCAUUUCCAUACAGAAAGCUGUUGGGGCAACGUUUAUGGACUAGUGGCAUUUUUGUCAUUUCUUAAUGAGUAAACAUUGUGAUUUGGCUGUACUAUUAGACCAUAUUAAGUGGCUUAACUGCAAAGAACUUCAGAACACCCACAAGAUACUAAGAAUGUUAAGACCAACUUCUUUUUGACAAACUGAGAAUUUAAUAAAAAGUGCUUUAAGUUUAA